CUGCAGUCCCCGCGCUGUGGGCCAGCCAGCAGUUGGCAGCUCCGAAUGGGGCCGGAGAGGAGGCCCCUACCUCAGGAAGAAAACCUCAUGAACUCCGGAAUCUUUCGCUUCUUGUUGCUGUGGAUAAUCCUGCUUAUUGUAUUUGAAAUAUUUCUUGAGCUCCGGCAAAAGAAGCGUCCCCUGGGACCAAAAACUCUGAAAUGGAAACAAAGGAAUCAACAAUUUGCAAUUGCGUUCUUGGGACCCACUGGAGAAUUGACGAGCCUGAUUUGGGGAGUCCUAGACAGGUUACUGUUUCUGCGUCUUCUUUGCCUGCUCCGCCGUUUCUCGACACUUGACUCCCAAAACCAACAGGCCUGCCCAGAGGAGCGAGUCCCAGAGCAGCGACCCAGAAAGUGCAAGAGAAAGGAAUUGGAGAGCCAGUCACAGCUCCGGCUCCUUGGAGGAGCGCAACCCAAGCCAGGCCCGAGAUUCGGCUGCUGCACCGGGGUCCUGCCCCUUUCCCUAGCUUGGCAUUACCUGCCAUCUCCGGGCCCUGCCCAGAACCGGAGUCCCCAAGUUUUGCAGCUGCUCAGCUCCGAGGCCCUCCAGAACCCAGAACGCCAUAUCGAGACCCAGGUCCCUUCAAUCCUGGACUCGCCGCCAUCCCAAGCUUUUCUGGCCAGUGAACCCCCACCGUCUCAGGUGCAAUCUUCAGGCACAAACCAGCUACCUCUGCAGAUUGAGCCAGCCCCAAAUUUGGAAUCCAACUCGAGUCUCUCGCAGAUGCCACCCCAGGCUGGCGACCCCCAGCAUGAGAUCGCACCAUCCCCCCUGGUACCUUGCCCUCGGCAAGAUCAGCUUCCUCCUCUUCAGCCUCUUCCACUCUCCGACAGUCCCUUGGCCAGCCCCAUGGGGCAGGAGGGGCUCCAGUACCAGAGCCCGGAGGCCGGUCAGCAGCGAGGGGCUUACGGCUGCUGCGCCUGUGGGGAGGAGCCCUGGGAGAUCGGGGAGCUCCAGGACCUCGGGGAUCCCACCACCCUGAUCGCAAGCCUGGUGGAGUCGCUCGGCCGCCGGCGCAUUUCCCGCGACCUGAGGCUCCUGUUGAUGCAGCAGCUAUGGAGUGGCCGCCAGGAAGCGGCACCCAUCUUGGCUUACCCAGUGUGCCUAUCCUGUGGUCAGUUCCAGAGCCCCACUACUCAUCUGGCCAGACGCCAGCCGGCGGCUAGGCUCCUGGUCUUUCCCCAGCUGCAGCCCUGGCCCCCGGGCCAGAGCUUAAACUCCAAGACGGUCCGCUUCAAACUUUGCAUUGGCUUUGGCCUGCGCCUGCGGAGGAAGCGCGUCCAGGUGCACUCGACCCCCGGGAUGGGAGAAACAGGAGCCGAGAAUUCUGGGCCAGAGUCCCCGGACGGUGUCUUUGAUAAUCCCACUGUAGCCCAGAGUCCUCAUGUCAGCUCCAGCGAACCUUGCUGGUCUGCUACAGACUCGGAUUAGCUGCGUUCCCUCUGCCCAAGAUGGAGGCGGUAGAAAGGGGUAAAGGACUGAAACCCCAUCACGUGACCUUCAAUAAAGCUGGAAGCUGUGCAGCCUCA